AUGCAUCUCAAAAUCCUGCUCGCUGCCUUGUCAUGGCUCUGCCACAGCACGCUGGCUGCAAAACAGCCAAAUAUCUUGUUCAUUCUGACCGACGACCAAGAUUGGCAUAUGCAAUCCCUACAGCAUAUGCCUCUCCUGCAGAAGCACCUCGUUAACGAAGGGACACUCUACUCGCGGCAUUAUUGUACCGUCGCCAUCUGCUGCCCAUCGCGGGUGAACAUCUGGACCGGACGGGCAGCCCAUAACACCAACGUCACGGACGUUCACCCUCCCUAUGGUGGCUACCCAAAGAUUGUCCGCGAGGGGAUCAAUGAUGACUACCUUCCGGUCUGGCUUCAGAACGCAGGCUAUAACACCUACUACACCGGCAAGCUCUGGAACGCCCAUACUGUCGAGAACUACGAUGCCCCGUACGCUAGAGGCUUCAAUGGCUCGGAUUUUCUCCUCGACCCAUUCACGUACCGGUACUACAACGCAUCACUAACUCGCAAUGGCGCUCCUCCGGUUAGCUACGAGGGCCAGUACUCACCUGACGUCACAGCUGGGAAGGCAUACGCCUUCGUCGAGGAGGCUUUGUCACACGACAAACCUUGGUUUGUAGUGCAUGCUCCAAUCGCGCCUCAUGGCGACGUCAGCUUCGACAAGAAACUGAAAUUUGACAAGCCGUAUUAUGCCGAGCGUCAUGCACACCUUUUUAAAGACUAUCAGAUUCCGCGCGAGGAAAAUUUCAAUCCGGAACAUCAGGGAGGCGUCAGUUGGGUGGCCAAGCUCCCUCGAUUGAACGAUACAGUCGUCGAUUAUCAGGACGAAUAUCAGCGAGCGCGCUUGAGAUCCCUACAGGCCGUAGACGAAUCGGUCGAAGCGCUGGUCAAGCUGCUUGAGGCCCGCGGAGAACUUGAGAACACGUACAUCAUCUAUACCACAGAUAAUGGUUACCAUAUCGGCCAACACAGGAUGCAUCCGGGCAAGGAAUGCGGAUUCGAAACAGAUGUUCACAUCCCGCUAGUCAUUCGAGGACCUGGUGUCCCAGUCGGUCACAUUUCCGAAGUCGUCACGGCUCACACCGAUCUUGCUUCCACUAUCGUCGGCCUUGCUGGUUCGACGUUGCAAAACACGGACGGUAUCCCCAUCCCGCUCACGUACGAAGGCGAGGAGAAGUCGAAGACGGAGCAUGUCACCAUCGAAUAUUGGGGUGUCGCAAUUCCCGAAGGAAAAUACGGACGAUAUGGCGACCUGGUUGAGACUGGGGAUUAUGACAUUCCAACAGGUGCGAACAACACCUACAAGGCCGUCCGCGUUAUCGGAGGGGAAUACAAUCUUUACUACGCUGUUUGGUGCACCAAUGAGGCCGAGUUGUAUGAUUUGACGACCGAUGCAGGCGAACUACGGAACCUCUUUUCGGCCGAAUAUGCGUCGCAGCGUGAGGGCUUCAGUAUUCGCAAUCGUCCUUUCCAUGAGGUGAUCACUCGGCUCGACGCGCUUAUGAUGGUGCUUAAGACUUGCAAAGGCCGCGCAUGCACCCACCCAUGGGAAAUAUUGCAUCCGAAGGGAAACGUUGCCAGCCUCACCGAUAGUCUGCAGCCUCGGUAUGACUCUUUCUACGUCGACCAGCCGAAGGUCAGCUUCACGAAAUGCGAACUCGGGUACAUCAAAGAGAGUGAGGGGCCUUUGGAUGCUAUCCCGUACGCACAGGAAGGAGCAGCGGAUGAUCCUCUCAGUUUCAGAUAUCAAGGCCCUUUCAGCAUCUGGACUUAG